GUUCGAAAAUCAGCUAAAAACAUUUUUUCUUGGAUUCGUGAAUAUUUCACUAUAACUGCAACAAUGUCCCGCAAAGAGGCUCUCUCGCAGUUCAUCAACCAGAUCCACGGACGUCCGGUGGUGGUGAAGCUGAAUAGUGGCGUCGAUUAUCGUGGCGUUCUAGCCUGUCUUGACGGUUACAUGAACAUUGCCCUGGAUCAGACCGAAGAAUACGCCAAUGGACAGCUGAAGAACAAAUACGGCGAUGCUUUCAUCCGAGGUAACAACGUACUUUACAUUUCCACCCAGAAGAGAAGAGUUUAAGGGGAGUUCGGACUCAACAAAUAUACUUUUAAAGUAAAAAAAAAUGCUAAGGAUUUAUUAAAUAUCAUUUCCAUUCCACACAC